ACGUGACUGUCAUCAAGUAUCGUUAGAGGGGCAGAGAACAGCGGAGCCGUCGGUGUAGCAGCUCCGCUUGUCUGUGUCGUUGGGACUUGGAAGUGACCGGGCGGGGGGAGACUGGCCGCGGACGUCGGGAUUUCAGGGGAAGAUGGAAACAAGCCGCUGCCCUCGACCAUCUCCUUUGUAGACGCAGGGAGCCGCGGUGUGACGUGCAGGGCAAACUUACCGUACACUGUGUUUUGUACGAUUUGCAGUCAACCAGAGCUAGCUAGCUUAGCAGCCGACACUGUCAGGCACACAGGUAGAGAAGAGGAGAGGAGAGGAGGGCUCGGUGACAAAGGAAGGUGGCGAGGUAACGAUGAACCGCUUCCGAAAGUGGCUGUACAAGCCCAAGAGGACGGACCCUCAGCUCCUGGCCCAAUUCUACUACGCUGAUGAAGAGCUCAACCAGGUGGCCACUGAGCUGGACAGCCUCGACGGCAGGAAAGACCCUCAGAGAUGCACCCUGCUGGUCAACCAGUUCCGAUCCUGUCAGGACAACGUGUUGAACAUUAUCAGUCAGAUCAUGGAUGAAUGUAUCCCCAACGACCGGGCCAACAGAGACUUCUGUGUCAAGUUCCCCGAGGAGAUUCGUCAUGACAACUUGGCAGGGCAGCUGUGGUUUGGGGCUGAGUGCUUGGCCGCGGGCUCCAUCAUCAUGAACAGGGAGAUAGAGAGCAUAGCGAUGAGACCCCUGGCUAAGGACCUCACCCGCAGCCUGGAGGAGGUGCGCAACAUCACCAGAGACCAGGCCCUGAGAGACCUCAACCUGUACACGGACCGCAUGAAGGACGCACUGCGACAUUUCGACAGUCUCUUUGCCGAGUUUGAGCUCAGCUAUGUGUCAGCCAUGGUGCCUGUGAAGUCUCCCAAAGAAUACUAUGUGCAGCAGGAGGUGAUUGUGCUCUUCUGUGAGACUGUGGAGAGGGCCUUAAAGCUGGGCUAUCUCACACAGGAUAUGAUCGAUGACUAUGAACCCGCACUGAUGUUUACAAUUCCCCGACUGGCCAUUGUGUGUGGGCUGGUUGUGUAUUCAGAGGGACCUCUCAACCUAGACCAAAAAUCAGAGGACAUGUCCGAGCUCUUCAGGCCUUUUCGCACUUUAUUGAAGAAAAUAAGAGACCUGCUGCAGACCCUGACUGAGGAGGAGUUGAUAACGCUGGAGAGGAACCUGUGUAUUUCUCAGGAUGGGGAGUUGUCCACAAGCCAGGGGCUGGCUGCUAACGGCGCUCCGGCUCCAGCCCAAGAGAACCACUCAUCGAGCUGCCCCGCUAAUGACACCUCAAAGGGGGAGAGUGAGGGGGAAGAGGAGCAGCUGCCUGUGUUUGUCUGUCCCGGCCAGGAGGAGGAGUUGGCGGAAGUGGAAAAAGGUUGGGAGGAGGUGGAAACUGAGAGGGGAGAGGAGGAGCAGGAGCAGGGCCUCCUCUGCGAGGAGGCGGAGGAGGCCGAGCUGGCCUGCUCCAUGCAGUACGACGAGGAGGAGCUGGAGCAGCUCAACAUGAUGGUGUACCGUGUGGGAGAUGAGAUGUCCACUCUGCUGUCUCCCCCCAGCCAGGGACAGUCCCCAGCACACGGUCCGAACCGAGGAAACUCCAGCGCGGCUUCCAGCACUGAGGCCUCACCGCGCAGGGUCAUCGGGAGCCGAGGAAGGACAGGCAUCUAUGUGGAGGAGGAGGACAGGGUCUUCUUCAUGGAGGACCUGGACGCAGCAGGAGAAGGCAUCACCAGCAUUUCAAGAGAGGCUUGCAGUUGUGUCGUCUCCCCUCCCAAAGAGUCCGUUCGCCCUGUGCAACGCAAGCCCAGCGGACCGCGGCCAGACCCCGUCAGGAACGGCUGGUACUCUGAGGCGACGUCCGAGCAGCCUUGCCCGCAGCCGCACAGCCUGAACGCACACUGUCCCGCUGCAAAGCGACCCCCGUGCACCUCCGCCCCGGGUUCCGAACCUCUGCCUUACACCAACGGGUGGGAGAUGGGCUUAGAAGGCACGACGUCCGAAACGGCCGAGGUCAUCGCCCAUCGCAUGGGAGGGAUGAAACUGUCCGCCACGGUCAUCUUCAACCCUCGCUCGCCCAGCCUGACGGAGCUGGCUGUGGACAAGCUGCUGCUGCCUCGGCCCGCUCCCUCCGAGAUUGAGCCCUGCGGCCCCCUGGUGGCCACUCACUGCCUGCUCAACUCCUGCGUCUGCUGCGGGAGCUGCGAGGACAGCCACGACGACGGCAUCACCACGGAGACCGCUGGACUCGGGCUGGGCCUCGCCCUGGGGCUGGACAGGCAUUGUAAGAGCCCGGCUCCCGGCGCCGUCAUCCAGUCCUCCGCUUGCCGGCUGCCGCCGCGCGGUCACGAUCCUCACGGUAAGGGUGAAGUCGCGCAGCUGACUCCCCCUUCUUCCCUCUGCUCCGAGGAGCCGCCGGAAGAAGAUUCGAAUUCCCAGCUCUGCGAGGAGUGUCUGGUGGUGGCGGCUCCGGAGCUGGGGCAUCACACUCAGGACUAUAGCUCGAGCAGAGGGGACGGAGCCUCCCCGUGCAACCACCAGCUGAGGACCGAUAGGAGGCCCGCCGGCGCAGGCCGACAGAGGGAGAAGGAGACGGAUAAGGACAAGGCAGAAAGUAAAGAUGUGAAGAGGGACACCAAAGAGGACAGCAGGAGAAGCUCCAGUUUUCAGAACUCUCCCCUCAGCUCUGUGUCAGGUAGUGACUGCGACAGCGUGUCGGUCACCACAUGUAGUCUGUCAAGCAGUUCGUAUACUCCCAGCCCCGUCAGCAGUCUGACCCCCAGCUCGGGGACAUCCGAAGACCCGGACCACCAGGAGAUCCAGCUGGCCCUGCACAACGCCAAGGUGGCGGCCAGGAACAAGAUCCGAUCGCGUUUCCACAGCAGCAGCGACCUCAUCCACCGCCUCUUCGUCUGUAUAUCUGGUGUUGCCGAUCAGCUGCAGACCAACUACGCCAGCGACCUUCGCGGCAUUCUCAAGACUCUGUUUGAAGUCAUGGCAACCAAGUGUGAGGAGGGAGACAAUGAUAAGCAAAAGAAAGCGGGUCCCGUUCUGCGCAGUGCGGUGCUCGAGGACUGCGCUCUGUGUCAGGAGACCAUUUCCUCAUCGGAAUUGGCAGCCAAGGCCCGGGAGGGGCAGUUCGAAGACCCUCCCGACUGGGUCCCCGAUGAGGCCUGCAACUCCUGCAUCGCCUGCAAGGCUCCUUUCACCGUCAUCCGCAGGAAGCAUCACUGUAGGAGCUGUGGAAAGAUCUUCUGCUCUCGCUGCUCUUCCCAUUCCGCCCCGUUGCCUCGAUACGGCCAGGUGAAGCCGGUCAGGGUUUGCACACACUGCUACAUGUUUCACGUGACGCCCUUCUACAGCGACAAGGCGGGCAUCUGACCUCAGAUUAUCACCGAAACCGAAAGCACACAGUCUGCAACAACAAGAGCAUAUGCAACUGACAGAUCCUCGGCUGUGUACGAAGCGAGUGCAACACUGCUCUAGUAAACCUUAAUGGCUGUGAUUGUACCCGCUAAGCAUGGCUUCAGAAUAACGCCAUCACAGAGGAGACGGACAGGACGAGAAGCCGCAGACGGACGAUUUGAUCUUGUUCCUGAGAGACGCCGGGAAUCAAAGUGUCUUUCAGUGCCCACCACAAAUGAUUCAAUCAGUGAUUCACGAACGCCUGCGUGUCUGCAGAGGUGCUGGAGGGGACACGGUACGAGCAGGCAAUAAUAGAUUUUGAACCGUUUUUGAAUCGUGCAGCAGUCGUCAAUAGCAUCGCAAACUCAGCACAGGCCUCCUCGUUCGUUUUGUUGCUUUAGGUGUAAAUGAAAGCACUUGUGACAUAUUUUCUAUGCUUCAGCGGGCUUCCUACAUUUGUGGCCAAGCUCCCACUGAACUCGGAUAACUCAAAAGAAUGUAAGUCAUGAUCAGCGUGUAAAUAAGGAUGAUUCUGGUAAUAACCAUGCUCAGCGCUACAUCUGGGAACUGUAAACCGAUCUUCACCAGGGCACCAGUCCCGCUAAAGCAAAAACUGAAACACACAACUUUUAUAUGAGAUUCCUUCAUGCUUUUAAUGGCAACGAAUGUGUAAUUCUGCAUCACUUUGUGAGGUGGGGGCGGAGGUUCCACCGAGCUACGGUAAUGGGCUGUGCCUGUUGCCUUUACUGUUGCGCCAUGACGACGUGAUGAGCUUUCUCCGAGGACCUCGCUGCACGCUGAUUUGGAUAAAAGGGAUUCCCCCGUCAUCGCUGUCAGGUCUCGAAAGUCCUCCUAAUGGAGAGUUGACCUCUCGUUGCUCAGCGCUCUCAAUAGCAAGCCACAAUUUGUGUAAUUUGAUUUGAACCAGAGGCCUUCUCAGGAGCUGGUCUACAGGAAUACAGGCCAACUGUUUCCCACCGUUUUUCCCCCUCUUCCUCACAAAUGUUAUAGUGCAAUAUGGUGACUACUAUUUGCAACGGCCGUGCACAAUUAAAAACCCGUAACUAUUUAAAUUGCAGUUUCAGGCUGUUUGAAAGAGUGUGUUGAUAUGUGUUUACACUAAAUCGUUUCCAUCUCUGUCUCUGCUGGUACUUUCAGGCGGGAGCGGAUAUUUUGUUCCCGGUCUGGUAUGAUUUUUCUCUUGCCUUCCUUUCUGCUCAUCAGGCUGCUUCCAUUGCAGUGACAGUCUACAAAGUAUCUUCCUUACUUACAAUAUACCUGUUUGUACAUCUGAAUGCUCUGAUGUUUCUAACACGGACCUCCGAGCAGCAGUGACAAAUGUUCUCAUUACAGUAUAUCCAUCUGCUCUGACGUAAAGCAGUCUCUCAGGCAUUACAUAUUUAGAACCUUGGAUCAAUCUUAUUAUAUUUUCAUCAACAAACAUAUAAACUCACUUUGAAAAGGUAUGCUUUUUCUUUUAUAAAGAACAAAACUAAUGUAUGAAGCUAUCAUUUCUUUUAUGUGGAAAAAAAAGAACAAGUAAUCAAUGCAGUAAUUAAAGAGUGGGAUAUCUUAUUAUUAUUGUUAUUAUUAUUAUUAUUAUUUCAGAGCUUGGUCUUAUUUUCUAAACCUCCAGUACAUUUCCAUGAUAAGAGCUGUGUAAAAAUUCGAGAAUCAAAUAAUGUUAUAUAGUUUUAAAUGCGAUGUAUAUUGAAAUAAAUGACUUUUUCCUGUUUCAAGAAA